AUGACCGCAGAACAAAAACUAAGAAUAAACUAUUUUUAUGAUCAUGCGCUCGGCAUUUUUACGCAUGGUACAAAUCAUCCUAUGAAGCCCUUUAGAGUGAGGAUGACUCAUAAUCUAGUGAUGAAUUAUGGAUUAUGCAAGAAGAUGGAAAUUUUUAGACCAAAACCAAGUACAAUCGAUGAAUUAACACAAUUUCAUACGGACGAUUAUAUAAAUUUUCUGGGUAAGGUGACUCCGUCAAAUAUGGAAUCAUGUAUAAAAGACUGUACCAGAUUUAAUGUUGGUGAUGAUUGUCCGGCUUUUGAUGGGUUACUUGAAUAUUGUAGACGAGCAACGGGAGGUUCUCUCGAAGGUGCUGCAAGAUUAAAUCACGGGUUAUGUGAUGUAGCCGUAAAUUGGGCUGGGGGCUUACAUCAUGCCAAAAAGCAAGAAGCAAGCGGGUUUUGCUAUGUAAACGACAUAGUGGUCGCAAUAUUGGAACUAUUAAGGUACCAUAAACGUGUACUUUACAUCGAUAUCGACAUUCAUCAUGGAGACGGUGUGGAAGAAGCAUUUUAUUCAACAGACCGAGUGAUGACAUUGAGUUUUCACAAUUUUGGUGAAUAUUUUCCAGGAACUGGAGAUAUACAUGAUAUGGGUAUUGGAAAAGGAAGAUAUUAUUCUGUGAACUUUCCAUUGAGAGAAGGAGUUGAUGAUGCGACUUAUAAAAGUGUGUUCGAACCGGUCGUUUCACAUGUGAUCGAUUGGUAUAAACCUUCAGUAAUUGUCUUACAAUGCGGCGCUGAUUCAUUAAGUGGUGAUCGGCUUGGAUGUUUUAACUUAUCAUCUAAAGGUCACGCGGAUUGCGUUCGAUUCGUUAAGAAAUUCAAUAUACCGAUGUUGGUGUUGGGUGGCGGUGGAUAUACCAUCCGUAACGUUUCAAGAGCUUGGGCAUACGAGACUGGAGUUAUUGUUGGGCAAGAAAUAGGACCAGGGCUACCAUCGAAUAAUAGUGGUAAUGAUUAUUUUGGUCCGGAAUAUACGUUGAUGGUUCAUCCUAGCAAUAUGGAAAAUAAGAACACGAGAGAAUAUUUAGAAAAAAUCAUGAUGACAAUAUUUGAAAAUUUGGAUCGAUCACGACAUGUACCAAGCGUUCAAAUACAGGAUAUACCGGGAAAAAACCAUAUAUUUGAUGACAUUAAUGAAGAUGAAAAUGAUCCUGAUGAGCGAAUAUCACAACAACAAUGUGAUAAGCAUAUCGUACCGGACAAUGAGUACGAAGACUCAUCUGACGAAGAAAGCAUAUAUAAUUCCAUCAUUCCUGUUGAAUAUGGUCCUUCAAAAUAUGUAAGGUCCUAUCGCCACAAGAUAAUUCAAAAUCGCUCGCAAAAGAAUCUAUUAAGUAAAUUAGAACCUACAGUAAAAUACUCUGAUAUAAUAUAUCCUCAAAAUAAUAACAAUGGACAAUUUUCGAUGGAAGUAUUAGAUGAGGUGAUUAUGGUAGAAGCUAAUAGUCCCAAAACAGACGGGAUUGUGUCAACAUAUCCCGUCCGUGAUAAAGUUUAUACUUUGAAGCCAAGGAGAAAUGGAAGCAUAAGUUAUUAUGGUCAAGUAGGUUCAAGUAUAAACGGACUGUAA